AUGGCAGACAACUCCAAGUACGCCUAUCAAGGCUAUAGGCAAGACGAACUCCCCAUCACUCACCACAACCUCUCAGACGAUGAGGACGAGAACUACAUCCCCAUGCGCGCUGGUAUUCAAUCACUCGGUACAACUGCAUACACUGGCUACCGACCGCCUGCAGAAGACGCAGAGUACGAGGAAGAGCAAGGUUACACCAAUGCAGGAGACCUUGGUCAAGGCUAUACUCUUGAAGAUACGCAAGCAGGCGCUUAUGACUCCGAUGCAGAGCGAACACUCGGUGCUCGGUCGCCAGUCACGGACAAGUACGAUUUCCUUCGAAAGGACGCCGAGGCGAGUCGUGCUGCAUCUGCAUAUUCACAUGCCGAGACAGAUCCCGAGGAGGCUUUCAGGAGACGGCAAUUGACACUGCGUCGAGGGCAUACACGCAAGGUCAAGCUCGUCAAUGGAGACAUCUUCUGUUCCGAAUACCCUGUGCCACUGCCCAUUCAGAAUGCUGUUCAAGAAAAGUACCGUGACCCCGAAUCUGGCUCUGAGGAGUUUACGCAUCUGCGUUACACGCGCGCAACAUGCGAUCCCAAUGACUUUACCCAAAAGAAUGGCUACAAUCUACGACCAGCCAUGUACGAGCGUAAUACGGAACUCCUGAUUGCCGUGACCUACUACAAUGAAGACAAAGUCUUGACAGCACGAACUUUGCAUGGCGUCAUGCAAAACAUCAGAGACAUUUGCAAUGACAAGAAGAGUAACUUCUGGAACCGCACCUCGCCAGCUUGGCAAAACAUUGUCGUAUGUCUCGUCUUUGACGGCAUCGAUCCUUGCGACAAGGAGACUCUUGAUUUGCUUGCGACCAUUGGCAUCUACCAAGACCACAUCAUGAAGGGCAAGAUUGAUGGGCAGAAGCCGACGGCGCACAUCUUUGAGUACACCACCCAACUCUCAGUCAACGAAAAGCUCCACCUCGUCCGCCCAGCUGCAAAUGAUGACGAUGCCCUGCCCCCUGUCCAAUUCAUCUUUUGUCUGAAGCAAGACAAUGAAAAGAAGAUCAACUCUCACCGCUGGCUGUUCAAUGCCUUUGGUAAGAUUCUCAAACCAGAAGUCUGCGUCUUGCUUGACGCUGGUACGAAGCCUGGUAAGAAGUCCAUCUACCAUCUUUGGAAAGCUUUCUUCAAUGAUCCAAACCUGGGUGGUGCUUGUGGUGAGAUUCACGCUAUGCUUGCGCGUGGCAAGAACCUCGUCAAUCCACUGGUGGCAACGCAGAACUUUGAGUACAAAAUGUCAAACAUCCUCGACAAACCUCUCGAGUCCAGUUUUGGCUAUGUCUCUGUCUUGCCGGGUGCAUUCUCAGCAUAUCGCUACCGUGCGAUCCAAGGACGUCCUCUUGACCAGUACUUCCGUGGCGAUCACUCUCUUGCAACGAUUCUGGGCGAUAAGGGAGUCAACGGGAUGGGCAUCUUCAAGAAGAACAUGUUUUUGGCAGAAGAUCGAAUCUUGUGCUUUGAGCUUGUUGCUAAGGCCGGUGCAAAAUGGAAGUUGACGUAUGUCAAAGCCUCGCAGGCAGAGACUGAUGUGCCAGAAGGUGUUGCCGAAUUCAUCUCGCAGCGUCGUCGUUGGCUCAAUGGAUCCUUUGCAGCGAGUAUCUACGCCAUGGUUCACUUUCCGCGUCUCUAUCGAUCAGCGCACAAUCCAUUCCGCAUGUUCGUCUUCCAUGUUCAACUGCUCUACAAUGUAUUUUGCACCAUCUUUUCGUGGUUCGCCCUCGCCAACCUCUGGCUCACCUUUUCUGUCGUUAUCCAGCUUACGAGUCAGCAAAAUCCAUUCUUCGGCAAGAGUGCUUGCAUGACCUGUCAUGAAAUUCAGCUCGGCUCUCGCAAUGGCACCUUGCUGUGGGACGCCACCACAAACCUCAUCACAGGCCCCAGCGAAAUCUUCAACAAGGCACUCGGCCAAAACCUCGCCAAUCCUUUCUUGGAAAAGGCAGUCAACUGUGUUUGCGCUACAGAUGUCAUUAAUCUGGUUGUGGAAUACCUCUACCUUGCCUUCAUUCUCCUCUCCUUCUUACUAGCCCUCGGCAACCGUCCCAAAGGCAGCAUCGGCACCUACACGAGUGCUUUCGCUGUAUUUGGCCUUUGUCAACUCUACCUGCUCAUCUGCUCCUUCUACCUGGCCAUCAACUCGCUUAUUCAUGUUCAAAGCGUUGGUCAGUUCUUCAGUGACUUUUUCGUGCCUGGUGGACAAGGUGUGAUUGUAAUAGCACUACUCUCCACUUUUGGCCUCUACUUCCUGGCAAGUGCACUAUACUGGGAUGCUUGGCACAUGCUACAUUCUUUCCCUCAGUAUCUGCUCAUCGCUCCGUCUUACAUCAACGUUCUGAAUGUCUAUUCGUUCUGCAACACGCAUGAUGUGACUUGGGGCACCAAAGGCAGCGAUAAGGCUGAUGUCCUCCCAGAUGUCGCAACGCGCAGUGCCGCUGCUGCCAAAGAUGCUAAAGGUGCUGCGAUUGUUGAGGAAGUUGAGCGAGAGCAAAGUGAGAUUGACGUUGCCUUUGAAGCAACUGUCAAGCGUGCACUUGCGCCACUCAAACCUGCCGGACCUGCUGGAAAACCUUCCCUUGAGGACGGCUAUAAGGCAUUCAGGACACGUCUGAUUAUUGCCUGGAUUUUCACGAAUCUUGCACUUAUUCUGGGAUUCACGUCGACUGAUAUCCAGAGCAACUUGGGUCUGGCAUCGUCAACAAGCUCUCGAACGGUGAUUUACUUCAGCUUCAUUCUCUGGGCAACGGCGAUCCUGUCAAUGAUUCGCUUCUUGGGGUGCGUCGUCUUUUGUUUCAAGACGGGUGUGCUUGCCAUCCCUGGCCUUUCAAAGAAAUAG